CACAGGACAGUCUUGCCAAAAAAGAAAUUUCCGUAUUUAAAAAGUCAAUCGUUGUGUAAGAAUGAUGUGCUGUACAUUUAAUUUAGUAUUACUUUUAGGCAAGAUGUCAAUUGACAGUCACAACUCAAGACUCUCAAAGAAAAGUGCUAUCAAUUAUGCUUUCACAAAGUAUUACAAUGAAUUUGCUGCAUUGGCAGAAAAAUCUUAUUUCUUCAAGGUGAUUCUAUAUACAUAUUUCAUUGAAGGAAAAAAAAUGGAUUCCCUUACUCUAGACUAUAUAAAGGAUGUAUAUGAAAAAGAAGAUAAAACAGAAGCAAUUAAGAUGGCAUGGGGUUAUUUAAAAUAUGAAGGAAUUCCUCAAACAGUAAAAGUCUUAAAAACUUUUCACGAAUCGAAAGAACUCGCCGAAAGGAUGAGCAUAUCUUGGCAAACAUUAAUCAAUGAAGUUAAACAACACCAUCUAACAAAAAAUAUGAAUAUUCAACUUCUUCCUUUUGAUGAAAAUUCAAAAGCCAAAAUUCAAAAUAUUAUAUCUCCAUUAGAAAUUUUAAAAGUUAAUGCUGAGACAAUAUUUUCAACAAAUUCUGAAAAAUCUAACUACAAUUAUAAAAACUUUCAUAAUAUUUUCAAUACAGAAUUCAAUAAAAUAAUUGUUCAAGGUGAACCAGGAAUUGGAAAAAGUGUUCAAGUUAAAUAUCUUAUGAAUUGUUGGGCUUUGAAUAAAUGGGAUGAUGUUUUAAAUGAUAAACUAUUUCUUGUUAUCUAUAUAAAGAAUGUUUUAAACAAUGAAGACAUAUUCGACUCGAUAUUGAAGAGUAACUUUCCAGGAGAUACAACUGUAACAAAGGAUAAUAUCAGAGAUUUUUUCGAAGAGAAACAAAUGAGAGACGUCUUUCUCUUAUUGGAUGGAGGUGAUGAAAUUGACAAAUUGAAAUUAUUAAAUGAAAAUAAAGAAUAUUGUAUUCAAAAUUUCAUCGAUAGUUCAAAUUGUCCAAUUCCAACAGUUGUUUGGUGUAGAAAUUGGAAAUCAAUAGAAAUUUUGUCUACUUGCGAUGUUGCCUUUGAAUUAAUUGGUUUCAAUUCUGAUCAAUUGAAAAAGUAUUUUGAAACAAAUUUUAUUAAUAUGCCAUGUGAUGAGUUUGUUUAUGCAUUGAACAAAGGAAACGGAAAUAUAAAGAGUUUUUGUAGAAUUCCUCUCCUAGCAACAAUUAUUUUCUACUUGUAUCAUGAAAAGAAAUUUGAAUUUGAAUAUGAUAAUUUAUACACAAUUUAUGAGAAUGCAAUUGAACUUAUCUUUAUAAAAAAUGGAAUAGAAUUGAAUGAUUUAACAAUGGAAACUAUUUAUAGGCAAAGUUUCCUCUGUUUAGCUGAUAAUAGAAUUGGAAUGAAAAUUGAUAAAAACCAAUUGAAAUCAUUUCAUAAAGUUUUUAAAUGCUUUGCACAAAUUUUUAAUAAUUCUGAUAAUCCGGAAGAACUUGAAAUUCAAUAUUUUCAUUUGUCUAUUCAAGAAUUUUUCGCCGCUAAACAUAUAAUAACAAAAUAUAUGGAAAAUCGAAUACAGACAUCAUUAUAUAUUGACAAACAGUUAAAGGAUAAAAAAGUACUCAACAUUUAUAAUACAAUGAAUCUAUUAAAGGAAAAAGAUGAAAGUAUUUUUAAGCAUGUUCUUCUCAAUUCUAUGAUAUUGGAAAAAGCUUUUCAACUUAGUGAUAAUAUCAAAAGUAUCCUUACUGAUGAUUCUGGUAAUAAUUCAAAAGUUCAGUUAACAGAUGAAACAAUCAGCUAUUUAAUUCUUGAUUUAGUCAUUGAAAAGAUUAAGAAUUCUAUUCAAGAACUUAUAUUACAAAAGGUCAAGACAAAUUUCAAGAGAUUACUACUCAAAAUUUCAAAUACAAGUAUGAUAAAACUGAAAAAAAUCCAUUUAUCAAUAGAAAAUUUCAAUCAUUUAGUUUUGAAUGAUGCAGAAGUAAUGAAACAAUUUUUGGUUUUACUACAAAAUGAUACAUUGAGAUAUUUUGACACUCAAAGAUUUCAUUUAAACGUAAUCUUUGAAAAUGAUGUCAAAUGUAUUAAAAUUGGUAAUAGAUUUAACAGUUUUAAUAUUUCUGCUAAUAGAAAUUUAUCAAAUUCAAAUAAUAAAAGAAUGGAAAUUCAGGAUAAUGGAUCUAAAUUUAAAAAAAUGUGGCAAUUAUUAUCAAUAACUGAUGGAUUUGAUAAUCUUAUAAAUGAGAUUAUCAAAUAUUAUAGUUUAACUACAUUUGAUAUUCAUGAACAAUAUUUAUCUGAGAAUCAACUCAAAGCUUUGACAAUUAUGUUUUCUACAUUUUCCCAAACUCUUUCAAAUGUUAAAUUGAAUGUAGGAAAAUUGAAUGAGAGUACUGCAAAAAUUCUAUACAGUUUUAUGGACAGUUUAACAUACUUGAAAUCAUUUUCUCUCACAUCUUCUAAAUCAGAUAGCGGGACUAAGUGUUUUAUAGAUAAGAUAAUGGAAUACAAGCGUACCUCUUUAGAAAGUUUAAAGAUAAAACUGUUAUCCUAUACAUCACUGGAGUGUAUAUCAUUGAGUGGUCUACUAGAAAAAUUUCCUAAACUAAGAUACUUGGAGAUUUCAGGUUUAAAUGUUACAUUUGCAAAUCAUGAAAUGAAUGAUAUUCUCUUGGAUGAGAUUGAAAAUAUAUGUCUGGAAAACUGUUUUUUGAAUGACAAGCAAGCUGAAAUAAUUGUCAACAAGAUACAUAAUAAUAGUAAUUUUGAUGAUUUAUUACGAAAUCGGCAAUUAGGUGAUGCGUUGAUAGUUCUGCAAAGACACUUUUUAGAUUUCAACAAGACAUUGAGAAAUAUAUCAAUAAAAUUUUCACAAAGAUUUACCUAUAUGGAUUUAAGAGGAAAAGUCAUCUCAUUGUCCAAUUGUCAUCUGCAGACAAUUGAAAAUGUGUCAUCUUUUGACAAGAAUAAUGUUUUUCAGCAAAGUCUUGGCUUGAGAAAUUUCGAAGAAAGUAUUCCAUCUCUCUCCAUUUUUAAAUGCCAUUCAAGUGAUAAGAAUAAUGAUUGCCAGCAAGAAAUCUUGUGCAGUUACCUAAGAUCUUGUAAGAAUUUGGAACAUUUUCAUAUUCAAUCAGAAAAUGACGUUUUCGAAUAUAAAACAAUUUUUCAUUCACUCUCAUCAUCUUCUAAAAACUUCCUUAAAGUUAUCAAUGUUAGCUCUGCCAUCCAAUCGGAGGCUUCCGGUUUGGCAUUUGCGGAACUGCUUGACAAUUGUAAAUGUUUGGAAAAUAUUGAUAUAAGCUCAAAUAGUUCAAUUGGAGAAAGAGAAUUUGAAAAGAUUUUAUUAUCCCUAGCAAAUUCAUUGGCAAAGUUGAGCCAUCUAAAUCUAAGUAAAUGCAAUUUGUCAACUUUAAACAUUAAAACUCUUAACAAACUGCUGAAACAAUGCUCAUCAGUUGUUUAUAUUGAUAUAAGUUUUAACAAAUCAGUUUAUUCACUGUUUAAUUCACUUGUAGAAUCUUUAAAGCAAUCAUCUGGUGUGUUUAAACACCUCAAUGUAAGCAAUUGCUCUAUAACAAAUGAAUCAGCUCAUGAAGGUUUAAAUAAUUUAAGAUAUUUUCCUCAUCUGGAAUUUUUGGAUGUCAGUUCAAAUGCAGAAAUUGGUAGUGCUAUUGCUAGAUUGAAAAAAUCUUUGGAGAAUUCUAAUUCAUUGAAAUAUUUAAAAUUCAAUAAUUGUAAUAUAUCUAAACAGUUCAGAAGACGGCAGACAGUAAAAAAUCAGUGGUUUCCUGCUCUUGAAUAUUUAGAUUGUAGUUGUAAUCCGGGUAUUGAUAAUGAUAUUGGUAUUAUUGUCACCCUUUUGGGAAGAUCAUUUGAGACUCUAAAGUAUAUCAAUUUGAGUAAUUGUCAUAUAACUGAAGAUAUUGGUAAACAGUUUGCUGUAAAUCUUCAAAGAUUUCAGUAUCUAGAACAUUUAGAUUUAAGCUCAAAUAGAGCAAUUGGGAAUUCUAUAAAUGAUAUAUUAAGUUCUCUGGAAAGCUCUUCAGAAACAAUGAAAUAUCUCAACUUUAGUGACUGUAAAAUGACAGAAGAGUCUGGUAAUUAUCUGGAAAAGUAUUUGAAAACUUUUUCCUCACUAGAAUAUUUGAAUAUCAGAAGAAAUGGAAAUGUUUGCAAGAGUUUAAAAAAUAUUACAAAAUCUUUAUUGGAACUAUCAAAAACAUUAACUCAUGUGUAUAUUGAUUUCUGCGGCCUUUCUACCUCAGACAGGCCUAUAGUUGAAUCCUUACUACAAUCACUAUCUCUUGAGGACUUUGAAUUGUAAUUUAUGUCAUGAUUAUCAUUGAGUAACUUAAACGAAUAUUUUGAAUGCCAAACAUUUCCAAUAAAUGUGUG